AUGAGUAGCUCAAAUCAAGAAGGCUAUAAUGCGGGAAUAACGGAAGUUACUGGUCCUGUCAAGCGAUACAUAACAGGGCAUGACCUUACUACUGGACGAAGUAUCUACGUGGAUGCACCUGAGCUAUGCACUGCAGCUGUGCCUGGCUUUGGGAUAGCAUCACGCUCUUAUGCUACUCUAAAGCUACCUGCAGAGCUGGCAGAUGAUCGUGACCUGGAGGCACAUCUUUCACAUGACUCUCUUACCAGCUACACCCGAAGUUCGGAUUUUCUCGUCCCUUCAUCGGUGUCGAAUACCCAAAUAGGACACAUUGAGCUGGGAGGCGCAAAUGUGAUAAACCUUGAUAUUGACCCUGGUGCAGUGGGUCACAUGCAUCGAACAGUGUCUUUGGAUAUCUCGACUUGCGUGAUGGGAGAGGUAUACCAUGAACUUGAUAGUGGCCAAAAGGUGCUGUUGAAAGCUGGGGAUCAUGUUAUUCAGCGGGCAACCAUGCAUAGAUGGAUUAACGCCUCGAAGGUGCAUCGUGCUCGGGUAAUUGCAGUCCUUCUUCCAUGUCCCCCAUUCAAAGUCAAUGGUCAAUGCAUAGCAGAGGAGCAUAGGCUUGGAUAG